GGAAACACAGAGAGAGCGGAAGUACAGGGAAAGGGGGAGUACGCAGUUCCUUGUGCCUGUCACACACACACAUACACACUUACAUACAUACACACAGCAGCCAUGCCCUGCUCCUGGAGCCCGACACUGUCACUCACAUUCACUGUCUGAGAGCAUGAGUCCGGGAACAAGUCGGCAUGAGUAAAAGGCCUGCACGGGUUAUUGAGCCCAAAAUGAUUCUGAACUUGCAUCCCCUGGAGAACCUGAAGUCCUACAUCAGCAGCCGGCCACCUCUGGUGAUUUUUAUGGUCAGUGUAAGUGGAAUGGCCAUAGCCUUCCUUACACUUGGUUAUUUCUUCAAAAUGAAAGAGAUCAAGUCACCGGGGAUGACUGAGGACUGGAACAUCUUCCUCCUGAGGUUUAACAAUCUGGACUUGUGUGUAUCUGAAAAUGAAACCUUAAAGCAUUUUUUGAAUGAAACCACCCCUCCUGAGAGUACAGUAACUUCAGGUCAAGCGAGGUCAUCCACACAAACCCCUCAAGCUCUAGAAGACUCUGGACCCAUAAAUAUUUCUGUGGCAAUUACCUUGACUUUAGAUCCACUAAAACCCUUUGGAGGAUAUUCACGUAACAUCACUCACCUGAGCUCAACCAUUUUUGGCCAUCAGAUUGGUCUUUCAGGCAGAGAUUCCCACGAGGAGAUGAAUAUUACGUUCACUUUGCCUGCUGCGUGGAACUCUGAUGACUGUAUUGUCCAUGGGCACUGUGAACAGGUGGUGUUUACUACAUGCAUGACUGUCACCGCAGUGACCAAUGUGUUUCCAGUCACAGUUCAGCCUCCUCACUGUAUUCCUGAGACAUACAGCAAUGCUUCGUUGUGGUACAAGAUCUACACCACUGCUCGUGACUCAGGGACAAAGAACGCACAAGACUAUAAUCCCUUCUGGUGUUACAAAGGAGCAAUUGGCAAGGUGUACCAUGCUUUAAAUCCCAAACUCACCGUAAUUGUCCCAGAGGAUGACCGUUCACUUAUAAACCUGCAUCUGAUGGAUACAAGUUAUUUCCUCUUUGUGAUGGUCAUCACCAUGUUCUGUUAUGCAGUGAUCCGAGGGAGACCAAGCAAACUAAGACAAAGCAAAUCUGAGUUCCUACCAGAAAAGGUUGCCCUGUCUGAUGCAUAAACUUCCCAUUCUGUACUGUGAGCAGAUAAAUGUGGAGUCAUUGCUUGUUGACCCCAUUGGAAGAAUCUGAUCUCCUAUGGGGAAGGAGAAUCAUCUUGCAAUGUUGGUUUGUUCCAACCAAAGACAUUUCAAGUGCCUGUAAUUGAUUUGUACAUAUUUAUAAAUAGGUACAUUUAAAGAGGUUUGAUGCACAUACCCCGCAUUGCAGGGAUUUGUAUGUUACACCUUGUACAUGUGGACUAGCUGUCUUUUUCAUGUGUAGAUAUAUUUAGUGGCCAUGUAAGAUGGACAGUGAAAACCAUCUCCAAUGAAAGAGUGCAAGGACCAUUUUUCCCAGUGUCUUGAGCAAAGCUGUAGUUUUCUGUUUCUGUAGCAGGUGAAAUAAAUCACUACCAAACUGUAACCAUGCAUUGCUUAAUGGAAGGAGACAUCUUUUCUUCAAAUUACUGUAAGUAUCAAAGGCAUCUGUUCACAGUAUGUGUUAGGAAUCCAUCUAUUUGAAAGACAUCUUGUCACAUUGCCUAUUUAUUUAAUGUGAAACAACAUCCUAAACACCUUCAUUCAACUCGAUUGAUAAUAUGAAUUCUUGGAUAUGACCCUAGAAUAAUAUUGUUUCGCUUGCAUUCAAGAAUGUUGAAUACACUGUGAGCAGGCAAGCGAUUUAUCAACGUAUAGUUACAAAUGCAAUCGUUCUGGAAGCAUUACAUUCAGAGUAUAGAGACUUCCAGUGGCUAAUGUGCUGGUUUUCAGUCUGUACUUUAGUGAGAUAAUAAUCUUCCAUUGACUGGGCGUCAGUAGGUCCUACUGAAAAUAUAUUUCUUUCAUAGUCACUCCAAUGGUAAUUUUCUUUUCAAUAUUUACAUGACAAAUCAUUGCUGCUUUUUCUGAUUAGUUUCCGAUGUAUUCAGUACCAUGACAUCUGUUUUAAUUGAAAUUGGAUCGCUUAGAUAUGUUGCUCUCCAAGUUCAUAUGAAAUGUUGUUUGGCUUCUGAAUAAAUUUAUCCUGCUACUGUG